CUUCCUACAGUGGACCCUCAUGAUACGGCACAAUGACAGUGUCCACAGACGGGACUGGCACCUCAGAACCUCCCAUGCUGACGCCCGAAGCUGUCAAGUGAGCUCAGAGUCCCCAGGUGUGCUCGAGAAUAGCAGAGACUGGCGGACAGGAAGAGUGGAGGGCCGUCUGAUCGUCGUGGCUAUCUCAUUUCUUCGAAUCUUCGCAUACAGACUCGGAAGAACUUGUUUCUAUACUUCUCGCUCUGUACAUCACAUACCGUUAUCUGUCAAUACUUAACAUGUCGAACCCAUCUCAAGGGAGCGCUGCUGCUACGAGGCGGCUGACGCUAGAGUACAAGCAACUCGCUGCCGAAGACUCUCUCUUCCCGGCUUGCGGGCCCAUCGAUGAGAAGGAUCUGCUACACUGGGAGGCCCUGGUACCUGGUCCCGAUGAUAGCCCAUUUGAGGGAGGUGUCUUCAGCGCCAAAUUGACUUUCCCUCCGAGCUACCCACUGGAACCACCGACAAUGAAGUUUGACCCGCCCAUCUUCCAUCCCAAUGUGUAUCCGGAUGGUACUGUCUGCAUCAGCAUCUUACAUGCUCCUGGGGAUGACCCAAAUAUGUACGAGUCCUCCUCGGAACGAUGGUCACCCGUCCAAAGCAUUGAAAAGAUUCUACUUAGCGUCCUCAGCAUGCUCGCCGAGCCAAACGUGGAAAGUGGUGCAAAUAUAGAUGCCUGCAAGAUGUGGAGAGACGAUCGCAAAGGCUAUGAGGAGGUCGUCAGGAGGUCGGUCAGAGAGCAAUUGGGACUGUAGCAUCCAGGUUCGUAUGGCCAAGCUUCCCGCUACCUCCGCGAUCGCACCCAGCCAGCAGCGGCCUCUUCGUGGCCUGGUGGUCCACGAUAGCCACGAUCCAUCUUAUCUUCCGCAGCCCCGAUAGUCCCAUCCAGGUCCCAUGUCACACUAUGAAAUGCGCCUCCUCUGAUGGAGCAUUGCCGCCCCUCCUUCCGUUCCUGCGAACGUUGCAGAGGCUGUUGUUACAUUGAGUAGCUUGAUGUCUAAGAAAUGAACUUCAUGAUUCUAUGCCUCUACACCUUGCUCGCUGUUCUCGCCCUCCCCUUUCUCUUCGCCAUUGAAUGAUGUCUCUUCCUCCUUGUCGCUGCCAUCUGUCGAGUCUCCAUCUCCUUCUUCGUCCC